AUGAAUAUUUGGUCAGGAGCCAUUGCACUGAAUGAAGAAUCACGGCUCGAAGGUCUACGCUUGAUCGACCCGACCUCCCACUGGCAAACAGAUAUAUCCAAAGACUCUACGCUUCAAUUUCGCUGCUUCGUCAAUCCGGCCUUGAUUCCCCUCUAUGCGCGAGCCGGACCGAAUCUUGAACUACACACGACGAAUGUUUCUACGGCGCAAUGGCUGAAAAACAGAUUGCUGGGGAAUAUUUGGCUGAAGGAGGGUGAUGUGGAUAUGUUUCAGCCCGUACAAGGUCCUUUUGGACUUCUUGUGGGUGUGGAGGGUACCUCGCGGAAGGCUUCGGGAUCGAGUACUUCGGAGCUACUGGUGUAUGGCGUGUUGUCGACUACGACUUCUUUAAGACCUAUCUCCUCGUUAUUGCAUUACCCCGAGAACAACCAGGAGCCUGUCAUUAAACAAGAAUUGAGAAUAUACGCCUCGCCGCUGUCCGGAUCGAUUAUUUCGAAGGCUGAGAAAGUCGCACCUCCACAGAAAUCAGAUCUUGCAGGCGAUGAUGAGCAGAUUGCGCAAUUCCUUACUGGCCUCCGGUCACCGAGCCCCAAGAGAAAACGGAUGGCCAGUUUGUUUGAUUCUGUCACGGAUCAUAAGCGGAUGCGGCAGUCGUCGCAUUCUCAACCUACCCAGCCGCUGCAGAGUUUCAAGAUCAAGAGAGAAUCUGAAGAACCUUCACUUCCAGCCUUAGAUCGGAUCACAUCACAACGAACGAGGUCGCUUUCGAUUGGGACUAAUCUAAAGUUUGCGGAGACGCGGCCGAGUAGUGCUCGCGGAUAUGUGCGCGGAUCAAUCUCGAGGAAGAACACACCGGCACCGUUCAUAGAGUCUUUGAAACGGGAACAGUCGCCUAAUUUGUUUUCGUCGGACCCAAAACAAGAGUCUUCCUCAGAAAUCCCCAAAGAUGCGGAGACCAUCCUGUCAGAAAACAAGAACACCAUCACACGCACGAUCAUGACUUGCAUGCGCCUAUAUGGGUAUAACCGACCGAAGACCGGAAAUCCAAGUAAGAAUACAGAAGAUAGAUCACAAGGAGACGAGAAGGACCCACACAUAGGGACAGCCGAUUCGACCGAGGAAGACGAGUUCAAGGCCAUGUACCAUGCUACGUACCGUGCGUCAACAUUUGCAUUACGAAAGUACCUGAAAGGACCCAUCGCAAAUGGCGACGGUGUAAAGGCUCCUCCACCUUUACUGGAGAAGAAGAAGGCUAUGGGGUAUAUCGAUGAGUUCCUGAGGCUGUUUUGCGAGGAGAAUUAG